AUAUCCACUCAAAUGUGAAGAGUGCAAAGUUGAAUUAUUAUUGGAAAAUCAACACCAUACCAUACUUAGCAGCUACUAUUAAUAUAAGUAGAGAAAAAAAUAAAAAGAAAAAGUUGGAGGAGGGUGGAGGGUGCACAAUUAUUGGCAUCAAAUGCUUAUUGGGAUUCGCACUUUUGAAGAAUUCCAAGAUCUGCACAAUCACAGUUUCAAUUAUACCGAAAUGAAAACACACACUCACACACAGUCACAGCCAUUGCAUAGCCCCCACUCCUUUCCCCCUUCCCUGCUUCCCCAUUGGUGUUUUUAGAGAGAGAAAGGUAGAGAGAGAAAGAGAGGGCGCUAAAAACCAAAAGCAAAAGUAGUAGUAGUGAUGAGGAGUAAAAGGCAGCGGAACCAAUUAGGGCUCCGUCGGAAAGUUUUUGCCAUUUAGAAAGGUAACCCGUCUUUUCUCUCUCUCUCUACUCUACUCUACUCUCUCUGUAUUACUGCUGUAUAUCUCCAUUUCGUGGGCCUAGGUUUUCUUUGGGUUCCAGGUGGGAUGAAUAUACUGGGAGCUUUAAUGCUGUGAAGUUUGGAGUUGUGCGUACUGUAAUUGGAUCGAUUGGGGACUUAGUUUCUCGACUUUUGGAGUUUUGGGUGCGAUUCGGUGCUGGGUUUGAAUGCUCUUCUUGAGUUUCUACUUUUGGUCAUUGUUGUCUGGUGGUGUGUGUGGUUAGGGGUUUAGACAGGUGACGUGUUCUGCUAUUUUGUGGAUAUGCCUCAAUCUGUUGAGCUGGGGAAUCUAGGGUUUUGAUUGAAUCCUUUGGUUUGGGCGGAAUUUUGGUGUCUGGUCUUUGGUUAUGGCAAUUUCAAUAUUGCAUCUAUGGGGGUGAAGCUCGAAUCUUUGUUGGUAUAAAUUCUAGGGUUUCUAUAGUGUAAGGUGAACUUUUGGAAUCGAGCAGUGCUUUGAUAAGGGGAGGGAUAUAGGAAUUCUUCUCCCAUAUGUUUUUUUUUUUUUUUUUGAAAUGAGGCGGUGGAUUUACGCUAUGUAAGUUUCACAAGGCGUUGCGGACUCUUUGUUAAUUUUUCUUGAACUUGAUAUUCUGUGGGAUAUUGGGUUUUUGAAAAUUUUCUGGGUUUGCUAUGUUUGUGGAAAAUUAGUGAAAAUGACAGCUCAAUCGAACACGGGUUUUCGCUUUGACGAAUCAUUUGGCUCUGCUUUGACUCGACACGCGAUAUCAUUCCAGUCAGGUGCAAUCAACAGCACGUCAGAGAUGAUGCCCAUGGGGAAUUUCUAUGCGGUAAAUAGUACAGCAGGCAUGAUGUUACCAGGAAAUUCCAACAUAAUUAAUAACAACCCAGGAAUGACUCAUGCCGGGAAUUCUUCUGGUUCUCUGCUUCUUGAUUCAGGGCUCAAGCAUGACACUGGUUUAGCUGUGGAGUGGUCCCCUGAGGAACAGUACAAGUUGGAGGAAGGCCUUGACAAAUAUGCUGAUGAACCCAGUAUUAUGAGGUAUGUCAAGAUUGCAGCCACACUGCGUGACAAAACUGUACGUGAUGUUGCUCUGAGGUGUAAGUGGAUGACGAGAAAGAGAAGGAAACACGAAGACCAAAAUGUGGGGAAGAAAGUGAAAGAUAGGAAGGAUAAAUUAGCGGAAUCAUCCUCAAAUAUAUCAGCUUCACCGUUAAACAUGGCUGCAUAUCCCAUUUUCAUGCCCCAUCGGGACCAUAGCGAACAUAUGCCUUGUGAAGCAUUAAGUGGCACAACAAAGCGUCUUUUGGAACAAAACCAUCAAGUUCUUGGUCAAAUUUCGGCUAAUCUUUCUACACUGAAGUUGCGGGAUAAUAUCGAUCUCUUCUUUUGCUCGAGGAACAACAUUGCUGCCAUCCUAAAUGACAGCAUGAGGGAUAUGCCUGGCAUAAUGAGUCAGAUGCCACCACUGCCUGUAUCAAUAAAUGAGGAUCUUGCAAAUAGUAUUUUUCCUAAUACAAAUCAGACAAUGAUGUUUGGGUCAUCAAGUGCAAUUCAUCUGAAGCAGGAGCCUGGAUGUUGAUUGAAAAUUAUUGAGGUCGAGUUUGGCUUUAUCUGGUCUGUGUAAGUACAAAAAAAAAAAAAAAAAAAAAAAAAAAUCUUCUGUAAAUGCGUAAGAAGCUGGUAGGAGCACUUUCUUCCUUUUGUGUACAAACAUACUCAUCAGACAUGUUGGAUCCCACGAUGAGAAACUUGUAGAGAUCAUGUUAUUUUUGGAAGCUGAAAGGUUGACAUCACCAGAUAGCGAAUCCAAGCACCAGUUAAUAAUAAUGCACAGAACCAUCUUCUUCGAUCUUCUGUUGGAUUCUGGGGAGUAAUCCUAGUCUCUCCCUCAUCUCUUGUAGCUAAAUGUUGAGUAAGAGUAUUUUUAUGUUGUAUAAAUUUAUGAGACAAAAAGAAACCUUGGAGUGGAUAGUUUGUUUGGUGCUUGAUAGAUUUAUCCAUCUUGUUAGAGUGC